UCCUCUCAUUCAUGCUGCUGGUAACAAAGGAGACAACAACAGGGGGAUGAUGGGUGCACAGACAACAAGCCUGUCAGAGAAACAAUAAGAAACUGAACCGGUUCGCUUUAACGUUGUGGAUUAACGUUAAUUUUCUUAACAGUACAUUUAACGACCGUUUUUUUUUCUCCGCGAGACGAGUUAAGUUUAAAGUAAUGUUAACGUUACACUAACGUAGCAGCGCCGCGGACCCAUUUUAUCCUAAAGCUUUUUUUCUUGCCAAAGCUAACUAUGUUGGACUGCCAACACUAGAGCCGAAUAACUGAAGAGAAAGAGCCAGACAUGUCUGAAUAACAUUGGUGAUAAUGACAUGCUCACUUUGACCUGUGGCCUCAAAGCCUGACCUCUGAUUGGUCAGGGCUGGGAGUAAAACACACCGUAAGAGAAGACUCCAGCUACCAUGUCUGUCCAGGAAGCAUCCCAACGGCCCACGUCGCCUUCACCCCUCAAACCUGAGGCCAAACUAAGACCGGAGAUCCCUCCAAAACCGUCCUCACAAACCAGCUCCCCUCCUCCGGGAGACAGAGGCAGCAGUACGAGCCUUCCUGGAGGGAAGGUCAAGAGCAUUGUGGACAAGUUUAGAAAACAGGAGUCUAAGCAGAAUGAACCGGAGGAACAACCCACCAAUGGUACUGCAAAAUUCACGGCAAGGAAACGGUUCAAAAGGCCGCCUACCAUAAAGCCUAAACCAAGCCGCGCCAGUGUGCAGCUUCAGACAGGGGGAGAGCAGGUGCCUCCGCUGCCUCUGAAGAGGAGCCGCAUCCUGCAGAAGCAGAAAGAGAGUGUGGGAGGAGAGGAGGUGGACGGCAUCAGUGUGGAAGGAGGUCGAUCAGCGCCUGAUGGAAAAGAGGUGGACAUUCAGGUGAUUGGGGGAGGUGAAGCGGAGGCGGAGCACAGUCCACACACGCCUCUCAGUCCCAGCUGCGACCCAAGCUGCAGCUGUGUGUGCCACAUCCAGUGGCCGGGCAUGAAACUAAUAUGGGUGCCCGUGGACGUGGAUGAUGGUGGGGAGGAGGAUGGAGAUGGAGACGAGGAUGAGGCUAAUUUGGACAAGCAGAGGGUGGAGGAUGGGGAGGAUGGGGUGGAUUGGGAGGAUUGUGAGGGUGAGGAGGUAGAGAGUGCAGAGAAUGAGGUGGACAGGACUUCCGAGGUUGAUGAGAGUGAAGUGUUGAAACAAGAAAAGUCAAAGUUCCACCAAUGUUUGGAUGUUUUAAUCGCUGAUGGUCACAGGAGACUAUCGGACCCGGGCCCUCACUCUGUUCUCGCCUCCCUUACUGUCACUCGCUCUCAGUCUCCCCCUGUUCCCCCAAAGCAUGCUCAGGCACCACAAAUCCACCACAGACCCACCCAAGACGAAGAAGAGAAUAUUUACGAGAUCACACUUCCAGUGGUUUACCCCACUCCUAAGACCACACCUGUGUGUAAGGAACUGGAUAUCCCUCUAAUCAAAGUGCGCAAACCAGCCCGUAAGUCUAAACUGUCCUACAGCUCCUCAGACCCGACGUCCGAGUUUCAGAAGAACACAGAACCCAUCUCAAGCCCAGGCAGCGUGCCGCCAGCCAUCCCGCCGAGGAUGCCUGUGAAUCAGGACAGCCGCAGCCUCACGUCGGUGCACCAGGUUGGCAUUCCUCUCCCCCAGCCCACGCUGGAGGAGUGGCGCGCCUUGCGGCCCUCUUCCCCCAGCUGCAUCGCUGGAAGAGGGCUGAGCCCCCAGCGGGCCAUCACUUCACCCUCAACCAGUCCUCACAGACCCCCACCUCCACCACCAAAGACAGAUCCCAGGAGGCUCAGCAGUGCCUCACUGCAAUCCCUCACAACCAAAAACGAAGGAGGGGAGGAUGGAGAGAAUGAAGGAGAGAAAGAGAACACAGUGGAAGAACUGCGCCCAGUCAGGAGGGACUCCUCGUUCAGCUGGGAGUCCCGGCUGCAGGAUGAGCCUCUGUACCAGACGUACCGUGCCACUGUCAUCACCAAGGAGAUCCGCCGCCAGACAGUUUGCCGUAACAUCAGUAAAACUAGCGUGGACUACGCUAUGGACUGGACAGCCCGUUGCUCUGGGACUGGAACUGGUACUGGAACUGGGGCUGGUACUGCGACUGGAAAUGGAGCACCCAGGAGCACCUCUGUACCCACACCAUGCCAGAGCACCCUGUGGCAGGACCUCCCAGCUGUUCGGGAGGGAGGGGUACUGGAGCAGCUCACCUCUGAGCAGUGCAAGUACCAGGAGAGUAUGUUUGAGGUUUUGACAUCUGAGGCCUCUUAUCUUCGAUCGCUGCGAGUUCUGACCGAACACUUCCUGGACAGCCGGGAGCUGGAGGAGGCGUUGAUCAUCAGAGACAAAAAAACCCUCUUCUCCAACAUCCUGAGGGUCCGAGAGGUCAGCGAGAGGUUCUUGAAAGACCUAGAGGACCGCAUAUUCACGGUCCUUGUCUUCCCUGACAUCUGUGACAUAAUUCACUACCACGCCCAGCACAACUUCCCUGCCUACAUCGACUACGUCCGCAACCAGAUCUACCAGGAAAAGACCUACACCGUGCUCAUGAAGAACAACGUGCAGUUUGCUACGGUCAUCACUCGUCUCCAAGAGUCACCUAAAUGCCAACGGCUGCCCUUCAUGUCCUUCUUGCUGCUGCCCUUCCAGCGAAUAACACGCAUCAAAAUGCUCAUUGAGAACAUCCUGAAGAGAACAAAGGAGAAGACGAAAGAGGAGCAGAUGGCCUCCAAGGCUUUGGCUUCGGUGUCGAAGAUCAUUGACGAGUGUAACACAGAGGUGGGAAAGAUGAGACAAGUGGAGGAGUUGAUCCAUGUGUCUCAAACACUAGAGUUUGACAAGCUCAAGGCCAUCCCGAUCAUCUCCCAGACACGAUUCUUGGAGAAGAAGGGAGAGCUGCAGGAAAUGUCCAAAGGGGGAACUCUCUUCAACAUGAGGGCAAAGUUCAUCCCCGUCUACUUCUUCCUCUUCAAUGAUCUGCUCAUUAUCACUGCCAAGAAAGGCGCGGAGCGUUUUGUGGUACUCGACCACGCCCAUCGCUCUCUGGUGCAGGUGCAGCCAAUAGAUGAAGGUGGGAGCAGCGUCGGCCCCUACGAGCACUGCUUCAACCUCACCCUGCUGGAAAACCACCAGGGACGCAUGAUGGAGAGGCUGAUCAAAGCUCCCUCGCAGUCAGAUAUGCACAGGUGGAUGGCAGCUUUCCCCAACCCCACCAACCAAGACAGAGAUGAAGAUGAAGUGAUUUAUGAGGACUGGGAUUGUCCUCAGGUGCAGUGUGUGGAGCAGUACAUUGCCCAGCAGGCAGACGAGCUCACCCUGGAGCCCACUGAGAUCAUCAACGUCAUCCGCAAAACCGAGGGCUGUUAUGAAGGAAUCCGCCUGUCCGACGGUCAAAAGGGCUGGUUCCCCGUGGGCAACGUCAUAGAGAUCACCAAUGAGCAUGUGAGGCGGCGAAACCUCAGAGAGCGCUACAGAGUCAUGCAGGCUGCGAGCAUGGUCGCCAACAGCAAGACCAACACCAUAUGUUAGGAUCGACGGAUCAAGGAUGCUUACAUUCAAGCAUUUUUAAAAGGAUGAUAAAUGGAGACUGUUCAGAAGUGAACAAAGAUUAUUCACGGGUUGUAUUAGCUGAAGUGUCAGUUUCUAACAACCAGGAAAUUAAAGAUAAAAGUAGAAGGAUCAUGAGACAUCGUAACAGACCUGCUACUACUGGAGUAUGUGAGUGUGCACUUAAGCAGCUGGGAGCUUGAGGUAGAUCAUUUACUGCCUACGCUGAAUGUGCACGUAUGCAUUCAAUAAAAGAGAUCAGCGUCUUACAGCAGAGUUUACCUCUUCUUGUGAGCAUGUAGCCCUGCAUUGACAUCUCCACGUGCACUGCUGUGAAACUGCGGAUCUGAAAUGCCAAUCAUUCUAGCCGUUGCUCGACCAGAUUGUACAAAUGUCAGACCUACUACAAAGAAAAGAGCUGGGUGUUCCUGGAAAUUCCUCUUGCAUCAUAGUUGUCACACACACAAACAAGUUGAAUCUGGCCUGAAUACAGGUUACGACACGUUUUAUGACAAGACUCUUGUAUAACAAACAAAUUAAAAAAAAACGUGACUUUAUCUCACAAGACAAACCUGUAAAGAAAUCCAAUCAGGAAGUGGCUUUGAAUAAACUCAAAACACACAACUACAAUCAAACACUUCAUAUCAGGAUUAUAUCAAGCACAAGAGCUUUGAAAAUGCAUGUAAAUGUGGGCUGAUCUGUACUGCCAUUAUGAUGUUUCAGUCAUUGUGCUGUCCACUAGCCUGUUAGCUUGUGUUACUAGGCAUUAUGGAAUAAUACUGUAGCUCCCCCUGCGAAGACAAGAUAUCAUUUGUGGAUAUGCGGUAAAUGUACAAUAUGCUGUAAAUAGUGAGUGGGGGGAUUCUUUACUUCAAAACUGUGGUAGUGCUUUUAAUAAAAAUGUGUCUUUUA